AUGCCGCCCAGAUCACCCGCCGCGAAGUCGCCCGGCCGAAAGAACAAAGCACGCCCCUCGCGCGGCGGACGCGCAUCGACCGGCGGGCGCAAGGAGAGCGGGAAGAGACUCGGUGCGCCGGGCCCGGCGCCGCAGCGCACGAAGAGAUACAAGCCCGGCACUGUGGCCCUGCGCGAGAUCAAGAGGUAUCAGAAGACGACGGACUUGCUGCUUUUGAAGCUGCCGUUCCAGAGAUUGGUCAGAGAGAUUGCACAGGGCGUAUCUGGUGACGACGGGCCGAACAGGUGGCAGUCGCAAGCGCUCGUCGCGCUGCAAGAAGCCACAGAGGCGUUCCUGGUGAAUCUCUUCCACGACGCGAAUCUCUGCGCAAUCCACGCCAAGCGCGUCACCAUCCAGCAAAAAGACAUCCAGCUCGCGCGACGACUGCGCGCAGCAUGGGGAGCGCCAGUCUGA